UUUCUCUUCAGGCGGCGCCGCGGGCAGCCCUCGGGCCUUGUAAGAGCGCGCCGCCCCGCCCUCUUCCUUUCGGCCGCGGCAGCCAUCUUCCAGUUAACUCGCCAAAAUGACGAACACAAAGGGAAAGAGGAGAGGCACCCGGUAUAUGUUCUCUAGGCCUUUUAGGAAACAUGGAGUUGUUCCUUUGGCCACAUACAUGCGAAUCUAUAAGAAGGGGGACAUUGUAGACAUCAAGGGAAUGGGUACUGUUCAAAAAGGAAUGCCCCACAAGUGUUACCACGGUAAAACCGGAAGAGUCUACAACGUCACCCAGCAUGCCGUGGGCAUCAUUGUAAACAAGCAGGUUAAGGGCAAGAUUCUGGCCAAGAGGAUCAACGUGCGGAUUGAGCACAUCAAGCACUCGAAGAGCAGAGACAGCUUCCUGAAGCGGGUGAAGGAGAACGACCAGAAGAAGAAGGAGGCCAAGGAGAAGGGCACCUGGGUUCAGCUGAAGCGCCAGCCUGCACCUCCCAGAGAAGCACACUUUGUGAGGACAAACGGGAAAGAGCCCGAGCUGCUGGAGCCCAUUCCAUACGAGUUCAUGGCCUAGUGUGCAAAAGAAAUAAAGGCCCCGACUGCAGAGCUUUUCCUUAGGUUCAA